AAAAGAGCUGAGGCGAAACUACAGGAAGUGUUUAUUUUAAAUGAAAGUGCCUUCAGCUGUGAGGCUCUGUGUUGCUGCUCAGAAGUUACUGAAUUCCAGGAAAUAAAGGAAACAUGGCUUGUACAUCUCAGUCAGCAGUGGAGUACGUCAGGAGGGCCAGACUCAACCUGGUGAGAACAUUAAAGGGGCUCACUACUGUGAUUGUGGAGAAUCUGUACCAGAGAGGAGUUUUCUCAGAGAAAGAAGUCAGUGAAAUAAAGGCAGAGGGUGACGACUUUGACAAAAGCAGAAGAAUUGUGGAAUCUGUCAUAAAAAAGGGGGAAGCAGCUUGCUAUGAGUUUCUCAGGAUUAUUGACAUAACAAGAAAGAGAUCCACAGAAAGCUCACCAUCUGUUCUGGAAAAUACAGAGACAGAUUCCUCUUUGAAAGACAAAUUUGACCUGAGCUACUGGAUCAGCUGCUUUUCUUUCAAGGAGGACACCAACAUGGAUGUAACAUAUUUACAAGGGCCCAGCCCGUGCCACAGAUACCAGCAAAAGCUGAAAUCCAAAGCUCAGAAGAUUUCAGAAAGAUCAUGGACCCAAAGUAAAGCAGUCCUGUUCAACAAGGAGACAUCUUUGUCGUACACGUCACUUGUGUUAGACACACAAAGACAGGCUUCAAUCUCCAAAAUAAAAAAAUCAAAGAUCAAGAAAAGCAGGAAGGUUCGUACUAAAAAACUAAAGGCCUACAUACCUGAGGACAAACAGGAAACUUCCCCCAGUGAACUGCUGAAAAUGAAUGAAAGAAAAAUCCUUUUGGUAGGAAAACCUGGAAUUGGGAAAACGGCUGUGGUCCAUCAGAUGUUGAAACUGUGGUCAGAGAAAGACAAUAAGGAUCUUGAUUACAUGUUCUACUUUGAUAUGAGAGAAACACCCAACAUCACAGAGGUCCAUAAACUGGAGGAUCUUCUCUUCAGUGUGAUCAAUGAACCAGAUGAAGGCAAAGAUGUUGUUUUGGAGAACAUAAAGAAUAAUGCUGACAGUGUUACUAUAAUUUUUGAUGGUGUUACAGAUAUCCCUUCUACUUCUGUGGUGUUUAAGCUCAUACAGAAGACUCUUGUACCUGAAGCAAAGAUCAUCAUCACCUGCAGACCAGAGGUCGAGUCAGCAGACUUCCUGUUAGGUUGGGACUGUCUCAGAGUGGAAGUGAAAGGCUUCAGUGAGCAGGGCAUCAGAGAGUACUUAUCCAAGAAUCUGAGUGAGGAACACUUCAGCAAAGUUUUGUGUAACUUGGAGUUAUUCUCUCUUUGCCAUGUCCCCAUGUACGCCCUGAUGGUGGUUGCCUGCUUUAGUUUUGAGGGCUCCAAUUUCUCUCCACAUCCCUGCACAGUUACAGAAAUAUACCUCAAUAUCCUCCAUUUCUGCAAUGAGAGAAAUGUUUGCAAGAUAUCUGAAAAUGAAAGCACUAAAUGGGACGCAGUACUGUCUUUGUCUGAGGCAGCUUUUUAUGCAACAGAAGGAAAAAAUGUGAACCUGAAAUCACUGCCCAAAUUAGAAAGCUGUGCUCAUUUAGCCUUUUUAAGCAGGAGUGUGACUCAAGUCAGCCCAACUGCCAAGAAACCCUUGUAUACCUUUCUCCACUACACAGUUCAAGAGUUUUUUGCAGCACUGUGGGUCUUGAAGGAUCCAGAACGGACCAGAAGUGUUGUUCAACAGUGUCUUACUGAUGACAUCAAACACAUGAAACAUUUGGUUCCUUUUUUGUGUGGACUGUUAAAUGAGAAGAAUAUGGACUUGUUACAAUUUCUGUUUACUUCUCAGCAUCUCAGAGAAACAUCUGGCUGGUUCUUCAAACACUUGGUGACCACCUUUGUAGAUCGUAGUGACACUGAGGACUGUGAAAUAGACUUGCUGUUCUUAUGUCAGUGUCUCUAUGAGUCUCAGUCUGCUGAAGCCUGUGUUUAUCUUCUGGAUAAACUGGACUACUGUCUUGAUCUGAGUGGAGAGACUCUCGAUCCUCAGCAAUGCUAUGCCGUGUCCUAUAUAAUCAGCCAGAGUAAGGAGAGGAAAAUACAGCUGAACCUGGAAAAGACAAAAGUAUCAAAACAAGGAAUGAGACCAUUACUAGGAUGUCUGAGCAAACUCCAAAGUUCCCAGUUAUCAUGGCAGCUUUGGACCAUUUGUCUUCUCAGCGAGGUGGAGGUGGAUUACAUCAGCUUACUUCGCUUUGCUGAGAACCAGCUGCACCUUUCAGUAAACAGUCAGCCACAACUCUAUGACCAAGCUGGAAAAGUCCUGCAGAAAAGUGCAGAGAAGGUUAAAGUCUGCCUCCACUGGGAUCACAGAAGUUCCGUUGACCAAUCUGUCAGCGAGUUACUCUUACAGUGUUUACCCAACAUCCACUCACUCAGUGUUGAUACAAAGACAUCAGAUGAAGACAGAACGAGGUUCUUUGUGAAUCUGUUCUGUGCAGCAGCAGAGAGAGAACAGCAGACAGGAGAGAAGAUACUGGAGCUGUUAUCAUCAGUGUGCACAUAUCAAACAUUCCCUUUUGAUGAUACAUACAUGAAUGACGAUAUGAAGAAAUAUCAAUCAGACUUCCUGUUGGAUCUGUGCUCCCAUAUGAAGGACUGUGAGACUAAAACAGGCUUGAGUGUCCUUCCAUCAUUACAGUCAGUUUUUUCAGCUCCUGCAGUCUGGUCCAUAAACCUCUCAGAGAGAAAGACCUCCACCCUCCUGGAAGUGCUGAAACUCCAACCAGAGAAGAAACAAGUGGAGCUGACACAAUACACUCAUAAAAAGAGUAAAAUUAGGAGUUUCCUGCAGUGUCUGCCUUAUAUCUCACAGCUCAGUUUCACUGACAUCUACACUGGAUGGCCAGGAAGCGUUCGCGAUGUCUUCUCGGGCGCUUCUCCGGUGCUGAUAGUUGGCGUCUGUCAGGGCUGGACUGGGACAAAAAAUCGGCCCGGGCAUUUUGACUAGAGACCGGCCCACCAGGAUAGAGAUUGAAAAUGUGACGUCAUUCAGGGGUAAAACCGCAAAGGAUUCUGGGAACUUGUGGCAAGAGUGUUGAUUUUGAGGAUUCAGAUGAAGAAAUCAGGUUCUUUGUGAAUCUGUUCUGUGCAGCAGCAGAAAGAGAACAGCAGACAGGAGAGAAGAUACUGGAGCUGUUAUCAUCAGUGUACAGCUUUGAUAAAUUCCCUUUUGUUGCCAUUGAUGAUGAUGAUGAUUUGGAGAAAUAUCAGUGCUAUCUCCUCCUGGAUAUGUGCUCUGACGUGAAGGACUAUGAGACUAAAACAGGCUUGAGUGUCCUUCCAUCAUUACAGUCAGUUUUCCAGUCAGCUCCUGCAGUCUGGUCCAUAAACCUCUCAGAGAGAAAGACCUCCAUCCUCCUGGAAGUGCUGAAACUCCAACCAGAGAAGAAACAAGUG